AUGAACAAGGUUGCCCUAAUUACCCAAAAGCCAGAGGAGUCACCCUAUGACUUCUACGAGCGCCUCUGGGGCCAUCAGAUAAGGCACGAGACCGUCUACAUGCCAGACUGUCCGGUGCCUCUCUUGGGAUGGGACUUGCUGAGCAAGUAUGAGGCAGACGCCAUCCAGAGGACUGAGGAGUUGGAGGAGGCCAAAAAGAAGCUGGCGGAGAAAGAUAAGGAGUACACUAACCUGAGGCGCAACCACCAACGGGCCCACAACGAAGCACUGAGACUCAAGAAGAAGAUAGAGGGUGACCUCAAUGACCUGGAGCUGCAGCUAGGCCAUGCUACCCAUCAGGCCAUUGAGGCCCAGGUGGCCACACGGCUGGUGCAGGCCCAGCUGAAGGAGGAGCAGGCAGGGCGGGAUAAGGAGCAGCAGCUGGCAGCUGAGCUCCAAGAGCAGGCGCAGGCCCUGGAGUGCCGGGCUGCUCUGCUGGCUUCUGAGCUGGAGGACCUGUGGGCUACACUGGAGCAGGGUGAGCACAGCUGGCGGCUGGCGGAGCAGGAGCUGUUGGAGGCCACUGAGUGCCUCAACCUCCUGCAUUUGCAGAACACAGGCCUUCUGAACCAGAAGAAGAAGCUCGAGGCGGAUUUGGUCCAGCUGAGUGGGGAGGUGGAGGAGGCUGCCCAGGAGAGGUGGAAGGCAGAGAAGGCCAAAAAGGCCAUCACUGAUGCCGUCAUGAUGGCUGAGGAGCUGAAGAAGGAGCAGGACACAAGUGCACACCUGGAACAGAUGAAGAGACACUGGAACAGACGUUGGGACAAACCAAAGAACAUCUACCUGUCCAAGCAUGGAGGAGGAUCUGGAAACAACUGGAUCAGCAGAUUUUCCCAGGGUGAGAAAAUCCAUGAAGACAUCCUUGACAUCAUAGAUGAAGAAGCAGAUGGAAGUGACAGUCAAAGGGGCUUUGUGCUGCAUUACUCCAUUGCCUGGGGGACAGGUUCUGGUCUGGGCUCCUACCUCCUGGAGUGACUGAAUGACAGGUACCCCAUGAAGCUGGUGCAGACGUACUCAGUGUUUCCCUAUCAGAAUGAGAUGAGUCACAUGGUGUGCCAGCCCAACAAUUCUCUCCUCAUGCUCAAGAGGCUGACCCAGAAGGCAGACUGUGUGGUGGUGCUGGAUGACAUGGCUCUGAACUGGAUCGCAACAGACUGCAUGCACAUCCAGAAUCUGUCCUUCUCCCAGAUCAACCAGCUGGUGUCCACCAUCACAUUGGCCAGUACCACUAUCCUGUGUUACCUCAGCUUCAUGAACAAUGACCUCAUUGGACUCAUUGCCUCGCUCAUUCUGACCCCACAGUUCUACUUCCUCACAACUGACUACACCCCCACACUGACUAUGGACCAGUCAGUGGCCAACAUGAGGAAGACCACAGUCCUGGAGGUCAUGAGGUGGCUGCUUCAGCGCAAGAGCAUGAUGGUGCUCACAGGCCGGGACUGCCAGACCAGCCACUGCUACAUUACUAUCCUCACCAUCAUCCAGGGAGAGGUAGACCCCACCCAGGUCCACAAAAGCCUGCAGAGGAUCCAGGAAGGAAAGCUGGCCAACUUCAUCCCCUGGGGCCCAGCCAGCAUCCAGGUAGCACUGUUGAGGAGGUGUUCCUACCUGCCCUCAGCUCAAUGGACCAGUAGGAUUAUAAUGGCCAACCACACCAGCAUCUCUUCACUCUUUGAAAGUUCCUGCCAGCAGUUCGACAAGCUACAGAAGUGGGAUACCUUCCUGGAGGAGUUCUUCAAGGAGCCUAUGUUCAAGGACAAUUUUGAUGAGAUGGACAGGUCCAGGAAGGUUGUUCAGGAGUUCAUCGAUGAGUACCAUGCAGGCACACAGCUGGAUUACAUCUCCUGGGGCAGCCAGGAGCAGUUAUUUCCCUCUCCACCACUUCCCCUGGAUGGAAGCACAGCCUCCACCAUGCCUGGUACCUCUGAGCCAACCUUACUUCAUUGA